AUGCUGUCUUCGUUCGCAAGGAGGGGGACCGAUGCUCUUUCCUUUCCAUUCACGUUGAUGACGGUUUGCUCACGGGUGACAGCGAUCUCGACGACGUGCUCUGUCAGCUGAAGGCUCGGUUCGAAGCUCGCAGCACCGACGAGGCAUCAUUCGCGAGGGCAAGACGGGUGCGGCGAUCGUCAACCAGGCGCAUUUCGUCGAUGCCAUCCUCGAGGAACACCACAUGGCCAAUGCCUCUCCCCAACCCACGCCUCUCGCGGCUCCGUCGACUCUGAAGAAUUGCGCCGACUCAGACUUCGAUCCCGCCUCAAUCCCUUAUCGCGCCAUCGUUGGCAAGCUCCUCUAUCUCUCUGGCACCACCCGACCCGACAUUGUGUUUGCCGUCUCGAAGGUGAAAGGCACGAGAUUGCUCUCGAGCCUCACUGAUUCCGAGUCCAAACAGAAAGGAUCAAACGGUGUAAUUCGCAGGCGAAGAAAGACUACUAAAAGGACUAAGGUCAAGAGACGCGGCGGCGCCGCGCGCGAGGGCAAGCGUGAGGCCGCAGAGGUUGGCUCGAGGUCGUUGUGAGGCGUAAGCGGAGCGGCGCCUUACAGAAGGCUGCUCGUUUCUGCAACGACUUCACAGCGAAGCAUUGGGAGGCGCUCAAGCACAUUCUUCGCUACCAGAAGUCCUUUCAGCCCAUGUCGGUGAUCUUGGAGGGGUUUGUCGAUGCUGAUCACGGUGCCGACCCAGUCACCCGUCGCAGCGUCUCGGGCUACGUCUUCACGUGCGCCGGUGGGGCUAUCUCUUGGAUUGCCAAGCGACAGACUCUCGUCACCCUCUCUAGUACCGAGGCUGAGUAUGUGGCCAUGUUGUAUGCCGCUCGUGACGGGAUUUGGUUACGUCGAUUGCUUGCGGAUCUUGGCUUCAAACAGACUGCUCCGACUCGUUUGCGGGGUGACAACCAAUCCGCCAUCACUCUGGCCAAGCACCCGGCCUUCCAUGCUCGUACCAAGCACAUAGGCAUCCACUUUCACUUCAUUCGAGAUCACAUCGCGGAAGGCACAAUCGAGAUGGUCUGGGUGCCCACUGGCACCAUGGCUGCGGAUGUCCUCACCAAAGGGCUUGGGACUCAGAAGCACUAUCAGUUUGUACACGCGAUGGGGCUUAUAGAUUCAUCGCGUGAAGGGGCGAGUUGGUGUGUUGUGAAUGAGGAUUAGCAGGAAGGCGGCUAUUGGCUAUUUGAUUAGAAGUGCGCGUUUGUUUAGUGAAGCCUGGCGAUGCACACCAACCAUUGUCUUCUCUCCACGGUUGGAUUACACGCUCGUCAGUCUCUUAUUAGCACCAGUUUGCGCAAAGCAUCCGCCGCAGACCUGGACUGUGGGUCAUAUCCCACUGAAGUCCGUUAACCGUUGGACCAAAUUGCUACAAAGCUUCCGAUUGCGUCCUUCACCGUCAAUGAUGUCAUUGUUGCCACGGUAAGUCACAUGUUUGCCCGGAGAUUCAGAAACACCUGCUGCAUCAUCAGUUCAUUCCAACAUGAAAGGGUCUCUGACAUUCCAUGCAACUUCUUGCUGGCUUUAGCUGCGGUGCGUGCUGGGCAAGUUGCUUUACACGGCGGACAAGUUCUCUGCGGAGGUCUACGGACCAGUCGUCUUCAAGAUCAUGGAUCACUGCUAUGAUGGUUCGUAUAGCUCGAUUACAGGUGUGUCAUCGCAAUGUGUGUGGACUAGCGUCGCAGCUUGGGUUGGGCACAAAGAACUUCGUCAAUUGACGGAGGCCCGGCUGAGGCCGCCGCUGAAGCGCCUUUGUUCGGAUUUGCCUAAUUUGUGCUCUUAA